CUCAUUCCAAGGUCCUGCCCGAAAUGUAAACAUGUGUUCUGCAUUCGCCCGUGAUUUUGCGCCUUUUCCAGCAAAAGUUUAGAAUUGCGAUCUCCUCUAUCACCUGCAGUAUCGUGAAGUAUUCGUAGUUACUGGUGCCAGUCAAAACUUUGUGAAUUGUUUCUCGGGCUGUCAUCAAAUGUGUUGUGGUUGUAGCUGAGAAAAUUUCAGACCUCUCGUUCGUGAUAUUCCUCUCUGUUAAUAAUGUGAUGCAAGAGAUUUCAACUCCAUGGAUUCUGGAUUUCAUGGGCUCCUACAGUUGCCCUCGACAGAUGAUCAAGAGCUGUGACCCUUCAGAGUCUUCCAAAAGAAUUUGCACUUUUACUCAUCAAACUCUGAAAGACUUUAAUUGACCAGCAAAUAUGGAAUAUCAAGAUUCUGACAUUGGUUUACCAGCAAUGGAGUGCGCAGUUUCUGAUGUCUGUUUCCCAGCAAUGGGGUAUGAAGAUUUGGAUGCUUGUUUGCCUGCUGUUUGGCUCGUCUUCGGAGGGUCUUAUUUGAAUCACUCCAAUGCCCCGCGAACAACGCCAGAAGCUUAUGAAGACAAUUUUGAAACCCCAUCCAGCAAGGAACCUCCAGAUCAUCGUGAGAAAAUUUUGGUAGAUUUAUUAAGUUUUCAUUUAGAAACUGAAUUUGUUAGGUUUUCUGAGUCAUUCAUUGAGUCAACUCAGUUACAAUCUGUACUGAAUUUGCUAAAAUUAUGGUCUGAAGAUCUUACCUUUAUAUAUGAAAUUCGAGAACAACUGUCAAUAAAUAAUAAUGAUUAUGAUUUAAAAGAAAAAAUAUUAGUGCAGCGAAUUUUAUCAAGAAUUAAAACUUUCGAUUUUUGUACUAUUAUUCCAAAUGGACUAAUUUCAGCUGAGCACUUAGAUGGUCAUGAAAAUGUUAAUCUAGCUAUUUUGCAGAAAAAAGGUUGUUGCAUUGAUUGGAUUCAAGUCAAUCCUGGCGGUCAGUAUCACCAAAGUUGUCAUGAUCUGAUCGAUGUGAGAAGUAAUGCUUUCUUAAAGAUCUCAGACGUUGAUAUCAAUAACAUCACUGAGGAAUGGGUACACUUAUUAUUAACUUUAAAGAGCAUUCGCCCACGUAGCAGCUACCAAGAACUUAUGUUGUAUGAAUGGCUGCUGCCCCAUUUAAAUGGCAAGACCGUUUUUCAGUCAGAGCCAGAUGAUGGUUUUGUUACUCAUUCCCAUUCAUCACCAAGCCAGAUUUGGCAAGUUGUCGAUCAGUCAUUCCGGUAUUUACUAUGGUACUUUAUUGGUGAUGUUUACCAACCAAUUUACCAAGAAGUAAUAACAAGCUUCAAAAUUUUCUUGAUGGAAAAAGUACUAACUGCUUUCCAAGACCAGACUAGCAAAAACAUUGAACAGUGUCAUUUCCUUUUGCAAGAAAUGUGUCCGAGAAUUGCACAGCAGGCUCUCGAAUUCGGGAAUGAGAAACAAAAAGAGUAUGCUUUUCACCUUAUUCAAGCUGUAAAAGCAGCAAUUGAUUAUCGCUGCAGUCAACAGCAACAGGAACUUGCCUCUGAAUAUAAAGUUGGUCGUUCUCUCAAUUUUCCUGCAAUAGUCACCUUUCCUUCUCUUCGCUUACCCGAGCUCCCUUCCUCCUCUCGUAUUUCUCUCGUAGACAGUGUGCAAGCUCACCCCAAUUUUGUCAAACCAAAAACGGACGAUGACAUAAUUGAUUACCUCAGAAAGUUUCAAAGAAAUUUUGUUGACCAAUUGAAGUAUGCUGAAGACUUUGACUCGACUGUACUAUUGUGUUCCAGCAUUGAAUCAUUCUUCAUAGACUUCCUCGCUAACACUGAUAUUUUAGAAGCAUCACGAUUUGCAUCCUUUUCCAAAAAUGAUGGUUAUCUAGCAUCAUGUCUGAAAUAUCUUGCGGAGUUAUACUAUGUUUGUCAAGCUCGUUUAGUACACUGCUUUCUGAAAGAUGUGACCUAUGAACCACAUUCAUAUACAAAAAAUGUGAUCAUUCAAUUUUUCAUGUAUGCAAGUGUUGCCGCAUUGAACCUUCGCCAUGCACGUAUAGGGCCUCUUCUAGCAGAGUAUAACUUUAGUACCGCUUGCAGUGAUUCUCUAACAUUACCAACUAUAAUUCCAUAUCUUGUGGUUGAAGAUUCUCGAUGGCUCAGCACACUAUUUUCUGUUCAAAGCUUUUUCCACCGACGCCGUUGUUUCAAGAAAGGCACACUCUUCUCAUGCAACAAAUUCCGUAACAUAAAACCUGAUUGCUACAUGUCUUUUUCUGCUGAUGUUAAAAGUGAAGAUAUGGAUCUUGAAGAGGAACUAGCCUAUAAUUUGCUCCAAACUGAUACAAAUUCUUUAAAACGUUUUAAUGAAGCAUACGAGAAGGACGAUGAUAAGUACAGGUACCAGGACUUGCCCCAUAAGAAAUGGAUAGAGCUUACAUACACUUGCUCUAAGGACUAUUUACCAGAUUUGUACAUACUAUUACCGAUAGUAGCUCACAGUGCCAAAGUAGCCCUGACUGGGUUUAAUUUUUUUACCGGAGAUUCUAGUUCUUUUUCACCUGAAUGGAAUUCCAGGAGGUUUGGUAGCAGUCUCUUUGUCUACUUCAAAAUAAAUAAAAAAAAUGUCAGUACCAAGGCUGACAUAAGCAAGCUAACCAGUUAUAGAUAUAAAUCGAAUGGAUAUUAUGCAGACCCCUAUCAACGUUUUAUCAGUCAUUAUGAAAAACCCCGAGACGAAAAUGCGAAGGAAAUUUGUCUUCACUUGCAUGAAAAUGAUUUCAUAGCCAACUUAUGUAUUAAACCAGAUACAAUGGACUGCAAUCGAUUUUUACAGCUAGGGUUUUUGCAGAGUGAACCACAUCUGAAGUUGGAACGUUUGUAUAUUGGACUCAAGGAAAAUCAGCUCAAUUUUAGUAGUAUACAAGAAGGCGUCUUAAUAAAGCAAACCCUAUUUGAAAUUAGCAUUACCAAGAAAAUUGAUGAGAAACCCUGUUCUUGGCUGACAUGGACCGCCUCCCACAAGCCAGAAUUAAUUCAUUCAUUGGGCUUGCUAUUCAUAGAAAAAGCACGGGUAAUGGAAUAUCGCCUAACUCAGCAUUAUGCGUUGGGUGACAUACUUAUAGUGACUUUGGGGCUUCUAACUUUUUAUCCAUCCACGUACAAAAAUGCCCUCAUCGAAGGAAUUCUUGAUAUAUUCUACUUACUCAAAAAAAUUUUAACAGAGCCUCCUGCACACUUAAGUGGAACUAGCUUACUUCAUCUCAACGCAUAUUUAAUCAUCAGCGCACAAGCAAAACCGCAGUUAUUAGAAACAGAGCUGGCUACUUUAUUAAAAGCAUUUCUGAUGAUCCAGAAAUAUAAAGUUAAAGGAGUCCAUUUGGACAGCAGUUGGAGACUGCGCUUACAUGCAGCAAGUUUUGAAUGGCACUCGCAGGUUGCUCAUCAAUUACGAGAGAAACCGGAUAUUCUGAACGAUAUAAUGUCAAGCGUCAUUCCACAGUGGAAUCAGGAAAGUCAGUGGCAAGAGACUGAGAGCAAUUGGCUUUUCAGGUGUGGUGAUUAUACAAUUAAACCGUUACAUGGUUGCAUUUACUUUCAAAAUCAGCCACUCAUGGGACUACCUAGCAGUAUCACAGAGCACAAAAUCUUCAGGGAAUAUUUGGGUGUAGUGAAUUUCGCCGUUAUUCCUGAAAAAUGUCAAGUUAAUUCCGAAACUGUGCCAUGUUACUGUUCUGUUGAUCAUGAGCCCCGAACACGAUUGACACUAGUUCGGAAUAUAUUGUUCAUAGAAGAAUGGAUCGAAGAUGGCUUUCAACGUUAUAUACCUGCUGAUGAAAUAUCCUGUCAAAAUAAAUACCCCCAAGCCCUUUAUGAGUUACCAAAUAAAGCAGGCAAAUUAAGACAUUGGUUGAAAAGCUCCACACUGAUACUGAUUAAAGAUCAAAAUAGGAAAGUUGUUUAUGAAUGGGACCUGCAAAAGAACACUGUGCUCUCUUUACUGCAUGGUGGAUUUGUUGUCCCUUGGAAUCAAGUAGAAGUGUGUUUCUUUAAGACGUGGCUCGAACGAAUCGAGUCUGCUGAUUGGAUAGAACUAAUUGUUCAGCCAUCCCUGAAUGAUGCGUUUGUCCUUACGGAAUCUUUAAAUCUACCUCGAUUAGGUUUACAUUUUGAGUUCAAGGAAGGUAAAUUUUACUCCAAGCAAAUACACGGCUACAUCAUCGCUGAAUCACAACUCUUGAAUACCUUGCCAGGUUUUUUAAAUUAUUUGGUUAUAGAGAAAAAAGAACGCAGCUCAGCAUGGUCUGUCAAAGUUAUAAUUCCACAUCGCCUAAUAAAACCAAAAGGUCCGUUUUAUGACAAAAGUUUAACUAUUGAUACUGAUUUGGCUCUACUACCGCCUUAUUUCGUCUACGAUUAUGAUUUUAAAUUAGACAUGCUGAAAGGCCACCGCAUCCAAGCUCAACUCUAUCUGGCCUUAAUUUUUUAUCGCUCAGCGUCUUUUGAUAGUUAUGACAUAUCCAAUUGUAAUACGUUUCACUUGGCAAGAGAAAACUUGGAACUUUGCUGGAAAGAUCAACCUUAUGAUGAAAUUGAAUUGAGCAUUAUUGAACAGUUUCUGAAAGUUAAAGUUGAAGACAUUCGAGGAUUUCACAGUCAUAGCCUAGCAAUAUAUUUAAAAGUUGUUUCUUUGCUGAUUAGCAGUCUACGCUUAGAGUUUUUGUACACUGAUGAAAAUGCUAAGUCAAAUAAAGAAAGAAGUCGUCAGUUAUUAACAAAGCUAUCCAAAACGCUUCCUCGUUUGUUCUUAACUUAUUUACAAAAUAAGCCAACUAUUUUUUCACGCAUACAACUUAGUUUAGACGAGGAGCAAGAUGUCAUAAAUCAAUGCCUCCCUCAAACAAGCAAUUCACUUAGCAUUCAACAAGAAUUCCCUGAUGUCUUAUGUUUAUUAAAAGUCUACAAUGAAGUGAAUUUUGAACUACAGUCUAAAACGCUCCCACCUCUGCAGAAAACAAAACCUUUCAACUCGUUCUACGGACAGUUUUUCUCAAAAGACAAUCUUCAAAGAACUAAUUUUGAACAUAUUUAUCAAAAGAAUCUCGAAUAUUUCAAGUUCUCCUACGACACAGAGAAAUAUAAUUGGACCAAAAAUGUAUCUUCUGACAUAGAUAACAUACUAAGUGGUCGAUUUCAUGUAAAAGAUUACAUCACCCUGUAUGAUUUAGCUAAAAAUUCUCUGCUAAGCCUUCCCAAGUACUGCUAUUUGUUGCAUUAUGUAGUGAUGACUCAAACAGAAGUCCCGAGUGAAAUGAAAAUGAUGCUAGCUCGUUCUCUUCUUCUCGUUGCUGAACAUCCAGCAAAUUUCCCAGAGUCUCCUCGCUGGUUUCACACAAGUAAUCUGUCUGUGAACUUGAAGCGACGGAAAGUACUUAAAGAUGAUGUGAUUGGCUCUUUUCCCCUCUAUCAUAGGAAGAGAGCGUAUGAUGCAAAUGAAAUGGAUAUUGAGGAAGAAAAACAAAAAGAGGAUAAAUAUAAAGCAGAAAAUGAAAGGAUUUGGCGCUACCUCAAGUGCUAUGAUUUAGAUGAAGAACUAGUACCCAACUGUCUUCCUCAAAAUACUGAUGAUUUCCAAUUAAAAUAUGAACGUCACAUGACUUUUGAUUACCCUAGUAAGCAACAAACAGUAAGGCAAAUCUACUUGAAAUCAGCAUACAAUGAUAGUAUGUUCUAUUUUUUCUAUCAUGUUCUGAAUCUUUGUGAUAAUAUUAAACAUUCAUCUCAUAUGGGUUGGCCUGUAGCUGAAUUCAUUUCGGAAACUAUUAAGGUCCCUUUUGAGGCCAGAAUAGAAAAUUCUUUGACUUUUACCUCAGAACAAGUUAGUCUAGAAAAUUUGGCUACUCUCCAGGAGCCUCUGGUCGAUUUGAACCAAUUUUUUGCUGUUGAUUCGUCACAAUGUGGAAGCAGUACCUUCCUGUUUGAAUCACAACUAGAAGAACCCAAGAAUGGCUAUCAACACAAAUUCUACAGUGAAUUGAAAGACAGUUGGCUUGCAUAUCAAAAUGAAAAACAGUUCUUUUACUCUUGGCUUAGCCCCCAGUCCAUGAAGGAAUUAGAAAUGUUGCUUCAAACAAAACUCGGCGAAAUCCGUAAACAAACAGAACAACUUUGGGAUUUCAUAGCAACGCAGUUCGAACAGAAAUCAAACAGCGAGUCAAAUGACUAUUUUGCACUGCGAUGGUACAGUGGGCGAGCAAUUUACUAUAAUAAACGCGACAUUUUGACUUUAUUAAUUGAGCCUCAUAAGGUGGGAUGGUACAAUCCUGAUUGUCUAUCAAAAAAAGAUCAUCUAAUCAAAGAGUUACUCAAUUAUUUAAUUCACAAAAUAAAUUCGGCAAAAGUAAUUAGAGUGCUCAACCUCAUAGAACAAUACAAAGAAACCGAUAAUGAUGCAGAACAAUUCUCAGUGAUGCAGAGUUUGGUGAGGAGUCUACAAGAAGAUAUUGACCCAGCAUCGUUUCAAUAUCCCCAUUGGAUUCUAUUUCAAUACGAAAAUGAAAUAAUUGUCCGAAAUAAUCAGCAAGAACUAAUUACUGCAAUGUUAAAUCAAAGAGAAAAAGCCAUGUAUCAACUUAAUAUGGGUGAGGGCAAGUCAUCAGUUAUUUUGCCUCUGCUGAGCUACAACCUAGCUAAUGGCAAUCACAUUUUGCGCAUCAAUGUACUGUCUGCCCUAUUAAUUACGAUGAAAGAAUUUUUGCGACAACGUUUUUCAGGAUUGAUCCGGAAACAUAUUUAUACGUUACCGUUUGAUCGUCAGACAGAAAUUCCAUCAGAGCAUAUAGCUCUAAUAUCAGAAAUGCUGAGAACAUGCCAAAGCAACAAGCAUAUAUUACUAGUGACCCCAGAACAUCGCUUGUGCUUGCAGUUGAAAGAGAGAGAAUUAUUGCUUGAAAGUCAACAACAAAUGGACGCCACAAACACCUUUAGCUGGAAGACCUACAGACAAAGAGCUGAGCUUAAUAAUGAUUUUUACAAAGACUUGACUGAGUUAGAAGUUCAAGAGAUGUUGUUGAGACAAGAUGAGUGCCUUAAAGCUUGUUUGCAGCAAGAUGGUUACAUAGACUCUGAAGACUCAGAUACUAAUACAAUUCUCCGUCCACCACCCCGAGGACAAGCUCGUAUGGACUUUGCUCAUUACAAAAAAGUUAUUAGUGAUACAUCAUUCAGAGAAUGGAGUUGUUUAAGAGCUGCAUAUCGCGAAUUAUUGUACAAUUCAACAUUUGCUCAUGCUAGCACCAGUGAAACCCUCACGCAACUCAGUGAAUUGCAUGCAUUUGCAUGUAUAGAUUUACUGGACGAAUCCGACGAGAUUCUAAAAAAUAAUACUGAAUUGAAUUAUACGGUAGGGGACCGCUGUGCUUUCUCUGGAGGAGAGUUUCGUUGGGAAAUCCCACAGUUUUUCAUCAAAGCUAUUUUUUGUGAUGAUGAUGUAAGAGAAGUCAUUGAUGCUGGAAAAGUCCAUGGUUUCACAGCAAUUAAUCCUGGAUAUAGCGAAGGAGGAGGCGUUCCUUUUAUUCAGUUGCUCAGUGAAUCCUAUUUUGAUAAUAAAAUUAAACCUCUACUCCUAGAAAAAUUUUUCCACGAAAAUCUACUUUCACUCAGGAAAUAUCAAACUAGUGCAGAUAGUCAUUCAGCUGAAGUGGGAAUUAGCUCCCUGAGACAAUACACAGCUGGACAACUUCCACUGAAUGCAGAAAAGGAUGUUGUAGCUUUUCUUGCUGAUAAAGGUGCACUUAAAGAUAAAAUCCUAAUCGCCAAAGGAUGGCUGUCCCAUGGUAUUUUAUUUCAUGUAUUCAAUGCUAAGUAUAGAGUUCAAUUUGGUUUAAAUUUAAACGCUGAGGGUGAAACAACCAAACUUAUCGCAAUUCCCUUUUUGGGAAAAGAUACGCCUUCGCCUCGUUCGGAGUUCUCACAUCCAGAUGUUAUGCUUGGAUUCACAAUAAUUUGUUACUUGUACAAAGGUCUCACUCAGAAGGAACUCAAGGAAACUUUGCUCAGUCUAAAGAGUAAUUUUAGUACCCCAGUUGGCGACAUGCAGCUCGACACUUGGACUCAGGCUGGUGAAGCUUGGAUUAGAACUCGGACAGACCAUUUUCCACCAUUGGUACUAACUUCGCUUCAGCAUGUAGAUCUGGCAGAUGAGCUAUGUUUGGCACAAAUGCAUCAAUAUUUAUCUAGAAACUACCUUGCCAUAUUCUUUUACCUAAAUCAGUUUGUCUUAUUGGAAGAGGCCAUGCAGUAUCGCCACAAAAUCAGUGCCAACGCCCAUUCUCUUGUUGGCUACAAUGCAGCAUUGGGUUUUUCAGGCACUGACGACAGAAAGAUAACUAUGCCAUUUCAAGUUAAAUCUCUUUGCUCCACCUCUCAAGUAGGCACCAAUGGUAAAUUAUUAUCAGUUCUAACCCAAGAUCGGAACAGUCAUUAUCACACCUUGAAAACUGACGACUCCAAAGCAUUGUUGAGAGAACUGUGUCAAUUUGUUACAGAAAAUAGGCACUGCCAUGCGUUGAUUGAUGCAGGAGCUUUAAUUACAGGACUAACAAAUAGCGAUGUUGCCAAUUUUUUACUCAUUCACCUACCUGAAACGUUUGUCGGCAUUUUAUAUUUUAGUGAUGAAGGUAAUAAUUUAAUUGUUGGCACCAGAGAUGGAAAAACAGCUGCACUGCAGGAUUGUUACUUGGACAAAAAGUUCUUGUUUGCUUAUUUGGAUGAUAUCCAUACCCGAGGUACAGAUAUACAACUUCCUUUACAUUGUCAUGCCAUUUUAACAAUUGGCAUGGGAAUGUUGAAGGAUAAACUGAUGCAAGCCGCCAUGCGGCUAAGGCAACUGGCUCAAAAACAGUGUGUUACAUUAUGGGGAACACAGGCAGUAAGCUUUGCUAUUGCUCGAGAUAAUAACAUCGAUCCAUCAAGAAUUAAUAGCCUUGAAGUAAUCAAAUGGGUAACAAAGAACACAAUCGAUCACAUCAAUGAGGAUUUGUUCCAUGUCGCAGUGAGGAAAAUUAACUUCGAGUUUUUGAAAAGAGCCGAGGUUUGGUUGAAGGAGGCUCCUGCACACCUCAGUACUUUGGUACAAUGUUGUCAAGAUAAAGAAUUGUUUCAGUUGGAAGAAUUUUAUGCUCUCUCCCCACAAUCCGAAGAUUUAGCUGACCGACUAGGCUGGCUAGUUGCUGGGCGUUUUAGAUCAUUUUGGCAGGAGAUGGAGCUUGAGUUUCGUAACAAAAACUUGAUUGAUACACCAUUUUAUGAAAAAGUGUUUAAUCGUUGUACAAAGAAUGCAUUUAAAGAACAGUUAUUUGCUAUUUGUGAUGAAAUGACAAUUUAUCUCCAACAGGGUCUAAUACAUCAUUCGUUGGAUGGUGAUGAAGAGAAAGAGAAUGAGGUAGAGAUUGUACAGGAGCGGCAAGUUUUAAUUAAAAGGGAAUAUCGAUGCGCAUAUCAGGAGAAACGAUGGGAUGUGCAGUUAAUUUUUAAGGAAAAUUUUCUCAAAGAAGCUCUAGAUCUAGCGAUUAUCAUGCCUCUCAGUGCUGUCUCAAACUUUGUACAGUCUCCCUCCCGUAUUGAAGACAUUGUAUGGCAUAAAGACAUCUACAUGACAGUCAAUUAUAUUCAAAGUGUCAAAUGUGAGCAAAAUGAUACUAUCGACAAUUAUUUGCGCCCUGUUGAUGUAGUAUUAAUUCAUCGGUCCUCAGAUAAGAGUGAGGCCUUAUUGUUGUCAGGUCGAGAAGCUUCUCGUAUCAAGUCUAGAUGUUGCAAAAAUCUUGAAAAUAACUUGUUAGUACAUAUCAAUGACAUAGAUGGUCACACCCAAUUGCCCACAGGGAUUGUUGUGAAUGAGCAAGAACAAAAGCUAUUGACAAUUGUAAAAUUGUUUGCUGGUGAAUGCCAUUAUGAAUCAUUGAGAGAAGUGCAACGCAUCGCAGAGCUUGUCGGACGCAUUCAUCCAUUGUUUUUCAGUAGUUUGAGCUUAAAUGGUUCAUAUUCAGAAGAGCUCUACGAGAUUCUAAUUCAAGGAGGGUACAUUGACUAUGCAGGUGUUAUGACCCAGAAACUGUUGAACAUUCUGUGGUCUGUCAAAGCAGGUGAUCUAUUUUUUGAAUUUCCAGAAGAUCUUCAACUGAAUGAAAAAUUAUCAAAAAAAGUACAUGGAAUGUUUAAAGAGUUGAUUAUUAAGUCAACUGAUUCCUUACAAAAAGGUCAUUAUGUUCUUUGGCAGUGGGUAGGAGCACGCAACAGAUUACGUGAAUACCAUGGAUCAGCUCUAGAAUCUGUAAUUAACUCUGAUUACCAAAUUAAGUGUACACAAUAAAGGUGCCUUAAAAAGAAUUAUUUUAUGUCCUAUAAUUAAUGAAUUUUGAUUCAAGUUUUACCCUUUACCUAAGUACCUUACCUCUUUGCUGUUUGUUUAUUCUAAGUUUUGUAACUCCUUUUCUCAAAAAGUGAAGUGAUCCACAUCCUUUCUAAAUUUUUUUCUGGUCACUGAAAAAUAUUAAUUAGGGCUUGAGAAAUCAGUAUUGUGCUUUGUGAAUUUUGAAAUAUAGUUUCAUCCAUUUGAAUAAUGAAGUAGUAAAUAGAACUAUUAAAUGUUGAUGAGUAAUUUUCCACGUCAGUUCUUUUCUCAGCUAAAAUUGUUUGAACAUUACAUGUAGACAACUUUUCUCUUCUGUCAGUUUAUGCAAAAAUUGAUGACCGGAAAUUAAAAAUUGUGAGAACGCAAAAAGCUCUUGAGCUAUCAUACUCCAAGGUCAUCGAGAAGUCCAGAACCUUGAUUUUUAACUUCUUCCAUCAUAAUUGUGUCUUCCGGUCAACGGUAUUAUAAGUGCAUUGUUUUUCAUUUUUUCUCUUCAAAAAUGAAAGAAAAUUUCAAUCUUUUUCUCCUCCUAUCCUCAAAAUUUAAUCGUGAAUUUUAAAACAACAUUGCUAACUAAUUUCAAUGAAUGGGACAUUUUGUAAGAGAUUCAAAAAAAUUUUGAGAAUCUGGAAUUGUCAUAUAUAUUAUUGUUUUUUUAAGUUUUUUUUCUUAUCACUGUCCUCCAUUGUUUCCCUGUCUUAAAAAUCAGGUAUUCCGAAUUUCGAAGGAAGGUUCUGAGUGACAUAACUACUCAACGGACUUCCAAGUGCUUUAUUCUCUCUGUUUUUAGGAUUAUUUAUAGAUUAAGUAUGUAUAUUUAUUCAUUCAGUUUUUUGUUCCUAUCGAUUAUUAGGUUUUUGUCCAAGUCUAAGUGACCUGAUUAUUCCACUGAGUGCCGAGUGAUUUUUCUUCUCCGUUUUAGGAUUAUUAAUUAAAUUAAUUAAUAAUGUAUUUUCUUCUUCCCAUCCUCUCAGCUUUUUCUUGACAAGACAUUGCAUAUGUAUUCGUUUAGUUUUUUUUUUCCUUUCAAUUACAUAUAAAGUUUUUGUCAAAAUUAAAA